UUAGGCUUCAAACUGCUGCAAGUCAAUAUACAACCUCAGAUGCAUCGGUGCUAUCCAUCUGUCAUGCAGCGUGGCGUUCCUUCUCUUCAGUCUUGUAGAAAAUGCCUCAACUUUCAGUCUGAAGGACGCAGAGACAUAAGAGCCAAUGUACGCAGGAAAGAAGUAAAGGUCGCCUUUACAUUAGGGUCGCCUUUACAUUAGUUGCCUCUACCUUAAAGUCGUGAGAUCCUCGAUGGCCUCAUUCUGCUUUAUGAAGAGCUCCGGAUUCCAUCCCUGGCGAGUAAGAUCAAUCGCAAUGUGGGGCACACCGCUCGAUGGCCAAGAAUGAUGGUGCGAUUGUCACCCUGUGGUCGCGCUGACUCGCCGGCGAAACUUGCGUGUGGCCAUCAAGGAUGAGCUUGACAACUCCCGUCAUGUCCCAAAUGGUGUCAAGCACGUAAAGCUGCGACAAAUUGACACUAAAUGUGAUGAGCGAAUGGCUUUCACACUCACCUUAUGCACAAUGACAUUGGCAUUGUAGUUUCUCAGCUGGACGUCAUCCGACUCGUGAACCUGCUGGGCGAGGCCAACAAGAUCAGGUUGAGUGUUAAGGAGCUCCGUCACUUAGACACGAUAGUGAGAUAACUCACACUGCCUCUUCUGCUAAAAUGGCCCACAAGCUGGAGAGGCAU